CGCACGCUUUGAACCAAACACCUCUCUCUCGCUCUAAAUUCUCUCUUCAACUUUCUCGGCCUCUUUGGAAGGAAAAAGAAAAGGAAAAGGCAGAAACGGUAGAGAAAUGGCGUCGUUCGAUCAAGCUCCGCCAGGCGAUCCAAAGGUAGGAGAGAAGAUCUUCAGAACCAAGUGCGCUCAGUGCCACACCGUGGAUAAAGGUGCCGGUCACAAGCAAGGACCCAAUCUGAAUGGCCUGUUUGGACGACAGUCUGGUACAACUGCUGGGUACUCAUACUCUACUGCUAACAAGAACAUGGCUGUGACAUGGGAAGAAAAGACGUUAUAUGAUUACUUGCUGAACCCUAAGAAGUACAUUCCUGGAACUAAGAUGGUAUUCCCGGGACUGAAGAAGCCACAGGAACGUGCAGACCUUAUUUCAUAUUUGAAGGAAUCUACUGCAUCCUAAAUACUUCUCCAUAACCUUAGUUUCCCAGUUCCAUUUUGCAGCUGUUGGAGUUUGUUUCACACAGUGCGGAUGAAGUGCUAUUUUUUACCAAUAAAAUAGACCAACUAGGUCUGCAAUAUGAUCUUUUUUGUAAUUUAUCAUUGCAUCUCAAGAGGUUGCCGUAAUUGGCAAAUGCAACGUUAAUUUCCAUUUAGCUGUUUGUAAGGUUCUCAUGAAUACCUGGAUGAAAGAAACAUUUUUUUAGUUAGUUA